AUGUCAGAUAAGGAAGAGAAUCUGAAGUUUUUUGCCAGUGAAGUUAUGAUCUGUUUUCUCCUCUUUGCUGUUCUCUACAUAGUUUCCUACUUCAUCAUCACGAGAUACAAAAGGAAAGCAGAUGAGCAAGAGGAUGAAGAUGCCAUUGUUAACAGAAUAUCGCUGUUCUUGAGCACCUUCACUCUAGCAGUUUCAGCUGGUGCAGUCCUGCUUCUACCUUUCUCAAUAAUCAGCAAUGAGAUCCUGCUUUCUUUUCCACAAAACUACUAUAUUCAGUGGUUAAAUGGCUCACUAAUUCAUGGUUUAUGGAAUCUUGCUUCUCUUUUUUCGAAUUUAUGUUUGUUUGUGUUGAUGCCCUUUGCAUUUUUCUUCCUGGAGUCUGAAGGAUUUGCUGGCUUAAAAAAGGGCAUCAGAGCACGAAUUUUGGAAACCCUUGUAAUGCUUAUUCUUCUUGCACUGCUUAUCCUUGGAAUUGUAUGGGUGGCCUCAGCACUCAUAGACAAUGAUGCUGCCAGUAUGGAGUCUUUGUAUGACCUCUGGGAAUUCUACCUCCCCUAUUUAUAUUCCUGUAUAUCAUUGAUGGGAUGCUUGUUACUUCUGUUAUGCACGCCAGUGGGACUUUCACGAAUGUUUACAGUCAUGGGUCAGUUGCUGGUGAAGCCAACAAUCCUUGAAGACCUAGAUGAGCAGAUGUAUAUAAUCACUUUAGAGGAAGAAGCAAUUCAGAGGAAGCUUAAUGGUGUAACUUCCACAGUGGAAUACCAGGCAGUAGAGUUGGAACGGGAGCUUGAAAAAGUGAAAAGCAAGAAAACGAACCUAGAACGGCGGAAAAAAGCUUCUGCUUGGGAAAGGAACUUAGUCUAUCCAGCUGUUAUGAUCUUGUUACUGACUGAGACGUCCAUCUCAGUCUUCCUAGUUGCCCUCAACAUUCUUUACCUGUUGGUUGAUGAGACUGCAAUGCCAAAGGGAUCAGGGGGGCCUGGAAUAGGAAAUGCCUCCUUAUCCACCUUUGGUUUUGUGGGAGCAGCACUUGAAAUAAUUUUGAUUUUCUAUCUUAUGGUAUCCUCUGUUGUCGGCUUCUACAGUCUUCGUUUUUUUGAAAAUUUCACUCCCAGAAAGGAUGACACGACUAUGACAAAGAUCAUUGGAAACUGUGUCUCAAUUUUGGUGCUGAGCUCUGCUUUGCCAGUGAUGUCAAGGACACUGGGAAUCACCAGAUUUGAUCUCCUUGGAGACUUCGGAAGGUUUAACUGGCUGGGGAACUUCUAUAUUGUGUUAUCUUACAACUUGCUCUUUGCUAUCGUGACAACAUUAUGUCUGGUUAGAAAGUUCACGUCUGCUGUGCGAGAAGAGCUCCUGAAGGCAUUAGGAUUAGAUAAACUUCAUCUGUCAAACAAUCCAAGAGACUCGGAGACAAAACCAUCUGCAAAUGGGCAUCAGAAAACACUGUGAUUAAUAAUCACCUGCAAUCAACAGAGC